UUUGCAUACAAUUCACCUGGCAGUGCCUUAGCACCUGUAUAACGGCUUGGAUGGAAAAGCAGGUGGUUUGUUGACUGAAGGCUCAGUCCCUUAUUGGAAAGUCUUCCUGCCGGCACCAGUGAAUUAACAGGUUCUCUACUGUUCAUCGUCCAAUCUGACUUUAAAACAACUGUCUGUUUCCUGUACUCUGUCCUUGUAAAACAAUGGGCAAAAGAAUUACUCAAAAUCUAAGGACAAUCAAAGUGAAAAUACUAAAGUUCUGUUUGUCAUUUCUGUUUUUGGCUACAUUGGCCUUGAUGGCAUUCCACCCUUAUUUCGUAAAUAGAAUUUGGAUUCCGAGCACAGUUCAUCCCAGAAUUGUGGGACCCUUGUACCCUUAUCUCAUAGAGGAGCCAUUACAAUGUAGAGGAGAAGCCCCAUUCUUAGUGCUGCUCAUCCCUUUCAUGCCCCAAGAUGUUCUUGUCAGGGACACCCUGAGGAAGACUUGGGCCAAUGAAAGUUUAAUCCCUGGAAUCUCCAUCAAAAGGAUUUUCCUUCUGGGCAGGUCCUUUGUUAAUGACAUAGAAAUAUCUGUGGAACAAGAGAGUUCUACAUUCCAUGAUAUCGUCCAACAGGAUUUCCUGGACACCUAUCGGAAUCUGACCGUCAAAACACUGAUGGGUAUAGAGUGGGUUAGCCGUCUCUGCCCCCGAGCCAGCUAUGUCAUGAAGGUGGACGCUGACAUGUUCUUCAACCCUUGGUUCCUGGUGAGGCGGAUCUUACAGCCGGAGAAGCCUCUCAAGCUAGAAUUUUUCACAGGGUUGAUAAUAACAAUCGGCAUGCCCUUCAGGAACAGGGGAAGCAAGUGGUAUAUACCAUACGCAACGUACCCUAAAUUUUUUUACCCUUAUUACUGUUCCGGCACAGGCUAUGUCUUCUCCGGGGACUUGUCACCAAGGAUAUACAAAGAAGCAAUGGGGUUGACCCUUUUUCCAUUUGAGGAUGUCUUUGUAGGUAUCUGCUUAGAAAGGAUGGGGGUUCAGAUCUCCAAGCCUGGGGGCAAAUGGUUCUCACAACGAAGGGCAGAGUACAAUGGGCUCAUAAUACUUCUUAAUCCCCUCUUGUUCAUGCCGUUAGUCACACUGUCUGGGGUUGAGACUUUUGUUUGAGCUGUGGGUUCUCUGUGUUCCCCAAAGUGCUAUAACAUGGGGUAUCUUGAAUGCACUGCUUAACUCGGACUGGAAAUGUUUCUGAUUGAGAUGCUGCUGCCACUGCCCAUAAUCGGCUAGGAAGAGAAAGCCCCGCCUCCCUGACUCUUUAGAGAAAAGCGAAGGAGUCAGAUCUGUGGUGACCUUAAACAAACAUUUCAGUGUAAAAAUAAAACUGGGUAAAUAGGCUGUGCAAAAAGCUAACAAAAAAUGUAAUCUAUAAAGGCUGGCGUGAGCAGAUUUCCAACAUAAUAGCCAGUAGUGUUCUGGUUAUUUGUUAGGCAUCUGCUCACUUCAGCCUUUAUAGAUUACAUUUUUGCCUAACUAGCUAUAUUGAAAACAUGUUUUAUAUAAAAACUUAAUUUUGCUCAGUCUGUCUAUUCAGCUAGUUUCAUGUUUACACGAACAGUUCCUUUUUAUGAACAAGCACAACUUAAAGCUUUUAUGUAGCAAGAUAGAAAUGUGCAAAGGUGAAUUUCCUGUUUCACCCCUGACUUCCUGGUCUGCGGAAGAGGAAGCUGCUUGAUAGGCUACUGUAAUACAGAGCAAAAGGGUGGGAAACUCUUCAAAAACCUUUGAUGGAUCUGCAAGAGGCGGAAUCUUUGAUAUAAUUGUUUAAUAAUAAUUGUAUAUACAUAGUAAUUUAAAUAAAUUUGGUUUUUUUUAUA